CGUAUGAGUCGUGAACAGGAACCAAAGACUUUGAGUAUUCCACUUUUUACUUCAAUCAUAGCUAUGUCAGGCCCCACCAUUUAAUUAAGCAACAUUAUUCAGUUGCUAGUUGCUUCUUACAUUAUCCCUAUUCAACAUUGAAGUGCUCUCUGAUCUUCUCUUGAUCUGGAAAUUCAACAUUUUAAGUAAAAAGAGCUCUCUUGUUCUUCAGUUGGUGAGACGGAUGGCUUAUGCUUCAGUUGUUUCUCUUGCUCAAACUCUAGAGCAACUCAGGACCAGAAUGGCAGGUUUGUUUUCUGACCCAACAAUGAAAUCUUUAGCUGGAUCUCUUGAGUAUUUCGAAGGCUUUCUUGAUGAUAGUAGCAAGAGAAGUUAUCACCAAGAAAAAGUCAAAGUUUCGGUUGGAAAGUUUAGAGAUGCACUAAAUGAAGUUGAGAGUACUAUUGAACUAAAGAUUUGUGAAUUUCACCAAAAGGGAAGUUUGAGUGGUUAUGAAAAAGCAAGUGAAGAUUUAGUAGGAAGUUUAUUACCAGUAGUACAGAAGAUUGAGUUAAUAAGGAAAGAAUUGGUGCUGAGUCUUGAACCUUGUACAAGCCAUGGCCAUGACAUUGAACCUGCUGAAGAUCAUCUCGAGACUCGGGAAUCUAUGCUUGGAAGUCCAUCUAGACGUAGUUUUACUACGAAUAUGGAGCAUGAUGUUGUGGGUCUUGAUGAUGAUUUGAAGAAGAUCUUAGAGAAACUACUUAGGUCCUCAUCCGAGAGAGAAGUUGUCCCAAUCACAGGUAUGGGUGGUAUUGGCAAAACGACACUCGCUAAAAAAGCUUAUGAUCAUCCUCGAGUUCGGUCUCGCUUUGACAUUCAUGCAUGGGUUACAGUAUCUAGAGAUUAUGGAAUGAGAAGAUUGCUGUUAAGUCUCGUCCGUUGUAUUCCAGGUAUGACGGAUAAGUUUCUAGAGAAGACUGAGGAUCAAUUAGCAGAGUUGUUAUAUAGAAAACUGAAGAACCGAAGAUAUCUUAUUGUCAUUGAUGAUAUCUGGAGCACCGAAGUUUGGGAUAAUGUAACCAGAUGUUUUCCGGAUGACGACAAUGGUAGUCGAAUCAUAUUAACAAGUAGGCUUAACGCUGCUUAUGAUAAUCCUGAUAGUCCUUUGCAUGAGAUGGAAGUAUUAAGUUUGGAUGAUAGUUGGAAAUUACUCUCCAUUAAGGUAUUUGGGGCGAACGAUCUUUGUCCUUCUGAAUUGGAGGAUAUUGGGAAGCAAAUAGCAGAAAAGUGUGGUGGACUUCCUUUGGCAAUUCUGGUGGUUGCAGGGCAUCUUUCUAAAAUUGCUAGGAGAAGAGAAAGUUGGAUUAUUGUUGCAAAGACUGUUAGUUCAGUUGUUGCGAACGAUCCUGAUAAAUGCCUAGGAGUGCUCGGUAUGAGUUACAAUUACCUACCGAACCACCUCAAGCCGUGCUUCCUCUCUAUGGGGGCUUUUCCUGAGGACUUUGAAAUUAAAGCUCGGAUGUUGAUCCAAGUUUGGGUUGCUGAAGGGUUUCUAAAAGCCGGAAGGCUCAAGAGCUUGGAAAAAGUUGCAGAAGAGUGUUUAGAGGAUCUUAUUAGUAGAAAUUUAAUUAUGAUUAGAAAGAGGAGGUUCAAUGGCGAGAUUAGAAGUUGUGGGUUACAUGAUUUGUUGAGGGAUUUGAGCUUAAGAGAAGCUCGAAAAGAUAAGUUCCUGCAUGUGACAUCAACUCGAUAUGUCUCAAGUUUUCUAGCACAAAGGACCGAGGUUCGUGGCUUCAGCUUUUUUUCCGACAUUUCUCUAAAUGAUUCUAGUGAGUUAUCACCUCAUGUUGCUCGAUCGAUGUUUCUCUGGGGAAAACAGUUAAUCUCUGCUCCGCCUCAUAGGCAAAUUUCCUUAUUAGCGAGCUUCAAACUUAUCAGAGUGUUGGCAGUUUUUUCUCAUUUGUUUCCUUCAUUCCCAGUUGAGAUAAUGCAACUAAUUCAUUUAAGGUACCUUUGGAUUCGAUCAAAUGGUAAUCUUCCUGCGUCAGUGUCCAGGCUUUAUAAUCUGCAAACCUUGGUAUUUCAACAACCAGAACUACAUUAUAUGUACAAAACUUUAAUUCUGCCUCAAGAGAUCUGGAACAUGACACAGCUAAGGCGUCUGCGUUUACUGAGUGGCAACUAUCUGUCUAAGCCUAAAAGAAGUGCAAAAACAGAUGGUGUUUUGGGGCUAAGAGCUCUGGAGGAACUUUCUCACUUAUGUUUUGCUAGCUGUACAGAGGAAGUCUUUUCCUGCCUUCCCAAUAUACGUAAACUGAGUAUUCUCGAUGCUGCAUCCGAUGAUGCAUUUGAAUGCUUACAAAAUCUGGCCCAUUUAGAGAAACUUGAAACGUUGAAGUGCGUCUGCUAUGGUCAGAAGCGGCUCUCCUUGUCAAACUGGUGUGUCUCCCUAACAUCUGUUAAGAGGCUAAUAUUAUCCGGUUGUCUUGUGCUUUCGAAAGACAUGGCAAGUCUCGCUGCAUUGCCUAACCUUGAAGUGCUUAAACUUAGAGAUAAUGAGUUUGAAGGUAAUGCUUGGAUACUAAGUGAUGAAGACGAGUUUAGUCAGCUAAAAUUUCUACUGGUUGCUGAGCCACGUCUAGUCAACUGGGAAGCUGCUAGUGUUAACUUCCCCAAUCUUCAAAAGUUAGUUUUGAGGAAAUGCAUCCGUCUCGAGGAAAUUUCAAUCAAUAUUGGGGAGAUAUGUACAUUGGAGGUGAUUGAAUUGAUCUGCUGCAGCUCUUCUGCUGAGAAAUCAGCCAAAGAAAUUCAACAUGAACAAGUAGAGUACAUGGGAAAUUCUUGUCUUGAUAUUCGCGUUUAUGCUGAUGAUGAUGAAUCUUCCUCGUUGUUCGACUUCUGGAGGGCAGUACUAGAUUGAGCUUGAGUUGAUAAAUCUAUAUUUGACUCUGCUAAGUUUCUAGUUGUUAUAGAGUUCCCUUUCCUAGAGUUUUCUCAGCAUUGAAGACGCGACAAUAGGACGGUUUAAGGUUACUCUCAAGUUACCGGGAUGUGGUGCAGUGCAUGGAGCUGCUCCUCUCUUAAUUAGAGGUCUCAAAUUUGAGCUUGGGUAUGAAAAAAUUCUUGGUAAGGAGCGUUUCUCCUCAACUCCAACCCCCCCCCCCCCCCCCCCCUCCCCUCAAAUGUGGCCCUACACUGUGCGAAUCUGAAUAUAAUCGGAGUUCAAUGAAUACCGAAUAUCGGGUGAGAUAUAAAAAAAAAAAAAAAAAAAAAAAAAGAAGUUACUUUCAAGUUCAAAUGCCGAUUGCAAAGAGUCGCUGCUAUGUCAUAGAAUUGAACAUGAUGUGUAUGUCAAUGUCAAUAAUGUAUGGUGUAAUGUUUUGCAUCGUAAUCUCUUAUCUGAGGACUUAAAUUUGACAGUUGUAUCCAUGUCAACCAAGUAAAAGUGGACCAUUUUGGAUGUCCGUCAAAAUACUAACAUAAGUGAUAUUGAUGGUCUACGAAUCCAAAAUAGAAUUCAAAACAUUAAAUGCAAAAACCAAAAGAUUCAAAGCUCAAUAGAUAUUUACUCCUUCGUCUAGUUUUACUUGUUCACUAUUCUAAAUAUAAAUGUCUAUUUUUACUUAUCCGGUUUGGAAAGCCAAAAGAUAAUUAUCAUUUUAUACCUAUUAUGCCCUUUUUAUUGCCUGUA